AUGACAGCGACGCCGUUCGCUCCGCUGAGGCGGAUGAUAGCGCUGCCUGCAAGCCGUGCAGGAAGAAGCAUCCCGAACGCGCUGUUCUCCCCGGCAGCUUGUCGUAUACUUCUUCGACGAUACCACCCUGGUGUCGGCGCACCUCCCAUCGCGCCACCGGCAUCACCUCCCUCCCGCCUUCGCAGGGCAAUCGCAUUCGGCGCAUAUGGACUGUUGUUUGCAAGUCUCGGCUUUAUAGCCGCAGCUAGCCCACUUGCGCCCAGUCUGUUGGAUGCGACAAAACACCGGUCCGACGAAGACAGCUUGCGUCUUUACGUUCCAGAAGACGCAGAGGCCAAGGCAGUGGAUGAUUAUAUCAAUAACCACCCUCUUGCGGCAACGAUGCGCAGGGACGCGGACAUGGUUGAAUCUCGGCCACAUAUGAGGCUGCCCGAUGGGUUAAGACGUCAUAAUCUUACUGGCGGUACGCUCCUUGGCCCCGGGCGCAUCACGGUGCCUCCGAUAUGCUGGACCAGGAACGGUGGAAAAGCACUUGUCUCUAUAUCUCAUCUUGGAACAGAUAUGUGCGGCCACCCUGGUAUCGUGCACGGAGGUCUUCUGGCGACCAUGCUUGACGAAGGUCUAGCACGCUGCUGUUUUGGGGCACUUCCACAUAAUGUGGGCGUCACCGCAAAGCUCGAAAUCAACUACAGAAGGCCGGUUCACGCCGGGACAUACGUGGUGCUAAGGGCGCAGACAGUGAGAGUUGAAGGGCGGAAGGCUUGGGUCGAGGGUCAACUGGAAACGUUGGUUGAUGAAGGACAAGAGCCCGUUGUCUUGGCACAAGCAACAGCACUCUUUGUUUCACCUAGAUUUGCAUCGGUCAUGGCCAAGCUCAACGCAACAUCUUGA